AUGCACACAAUUGCACUGACUAUCGGCCCUUUGUCUUACCGGCAUGUCCUGUCCGAAUCUACAGAUCGGAAAGAGGAAGCGGCGAGGGAUGGCGGCGUGAGCGAAGCCCAAGCCGGGGUCGCUUCGGGGGUUUGGGACGAGGCCGGGUCAUCAGUGGCGUGGGAACCUGGGCUGACCAGCCGGUGUUGCCGCCUCGAUGGGCUUCUAUUUAACGCCGCCAUUUCCGUGAAAGCUUGUCCGGCCGCUUCAGUAAGCUCUUGCAAGAGCUUGGCUCCGAGCAUCAAUCACGGCUGCGGAGGACGCGCUCCCCGCCGCCGUGGCGAGGCCGACGGCGACGGCAAGGGCGCCAGAGCGGGAAUUCCGGCGCGCGAGGGAAGGGCGGGAACAGCCUCGCCUCAGAUUGCACGCGAUGCUCGCAAUCGCUCGCAAUGGCUCCGCGCGGCCGCUCCUCGCGAUGCGCGGAGAUUGGCGGCGGCGGACGAGGACCACGUGAUGCGCCGCCCCAGAGCCGGUGAUCAGCUCUGCGGCCCGCCCGUUGCACGCCCGUUGCUAGCAUGCUGCUCUGAUGACAUCGUGUGUGGCGGGAGAGCUCCCACCACGGGCGCCCAGGACCCGGUUCCUCCCGAAGGCGGCGGCGUGGUAAUUGCAGAAGGCGUCAGCAAUAGCAAAGCCAACCCCACCCCCAAGAAACCAAAUGCUAAUUACCGCCCCUCAGGUCCCCCCACGGGCCCCCAGGACCCGGUUCCCCCCGAAGGCGGCGGCUGCCACAAGCAAACCACAACUCAACCACAGCCGAACCACAACCACAAGCAAACCACAACCACAGACACAAGCAAACCACAUCUCAACCACAACCACAGCCGAUCCACAGCCACAACUCAACCACAACCACAAGCAAACCACAUCUCAACCACAGCCGAACCACAGCCACAAGCAAACCCCAACUCAACCACAGCCGAACCACAGCCACAAGCAAACCCCAACUCAACCACAGCCGAACCACAGCCACAAGCGAGCCCCAACUCAACCACAGCCGAACCACAGCCACAAGCGAGCCACAACUCACCACAGCCGAACCACAGCCACAAGCGAGCCACAACUCAACCACAGCCGAACCACAGCCACAAGCGAGCCCCAACUCAACCACAGCCGAACCACAGCCACAAGCGAGCCACAACUCAACCACAGCCGAACCACAGCCACAAGCGAGCCACAACUCAACCACAGCCGAACCACAGCCACAAGCGAGCCACAACUCAACCACAGCCGAACCACAGCCACAAGCGAGCCACAACCCACAACCGUUGCUCGGCGGACUCCCUCGCCCACAACACGAUCUCUCCAUAA